GAUCGACUCAGUUCGGCUCCGGCAGGACCAAGGAGCCUGCAGCCACCAUGAAGCCCGGAGCCCGGAGCUGAUCCCGGACUUAGUCCUGCCUGGAGGUGGGUUGAACUCCCUCGUGGAUUCUCUUCUUCUUUUUUUUUUCUUUUUUUGUGGAGAAGACCAGGAGCUCUGCUGGGGAUCUGUGGCGAUCGGAACCAGACAGGGGGGAUGGAUCCCUCCCGCUGGCUCCUGCUUUUUCUCUCUCUGGCGCUCUGGAUCCAGGACGGGAUGUGCCAACACCUGAACCACUUCAUCCGCCCCAUCCCCAGCGACUCUCUGCCCGUGGAGGUCCUGAAGGAGGAACCGGACCCGCAGCUGGACCCGAAGGAGAAGGACCUGAACGGGACGGAGCUGCGGAGCCUCCUGGGGAGCCACUUCAACCCGGACUUCAUGUCCGUGUCCCCGCCGGAGGACCUCUACGAGGACGACCCGGAUCAGAGCCCGAAGCUCACCGGACCGAUGCCGAAAGAGAUCCGAACCCUGGAGCUGGAGGUGCUGUUCGGCAAGAAGCAGAAGGCGAACCGGAAGCUGCGCAGGAUGCUCUGGGCCUACACACUGUGUCCGGUGGUUUACGCGUGGACCGAACUGGGCUGGCGGUUCUGGCCGCGCUACCUGAAGGUGGGCAGCUGCUACAGCAAGCGGUCCUGCUCGGUUCCGGAGGGGAUGACGUGCAAACCGGCCAAAGCGACUCAUUUGACUUUCCUGAGGUGGCACUGCCCGCAGAAAAAGGUUCCGCAGAGGUGCGCCUGGAUCCACAUCCAGUACCCGGUCAUAUCCGAGUGCAAAUGCUCCUGUCCGAACUGAGGAGAACCGGCUCCGGAUCCGCAGAACUGUUCAAAAAAAAAAAUCUCAGAGGAGAAUCGCUUUCUGCGUCUUCAGAUUGCUGUAUUGCUUCGGGACUAAACUUUAUAAAUGAUGGUCAGUUGUUGUUUGUUUUUAAUAAUCUCUGCUCUACUGUAUUAAUAUAAACCAUAUGUGUCAUAUGUGUUUCUUAUUUAUAAGACUGAGUUAAACGUCAGUUUUCAGGAAAAUUGCCUCGAUGAAUUUUUCAGAAUUUGCCGCAGAGAAGUUCAAAACUCGGAAUUAAUAAAUGAAUUCCCGUUUGAGUCCAAAGGCGACUGGGUUUGAAGCUGAAAUGUUCUUCAGAUGAUGGUCAGAAACGAAUUAUUUAUCACCCGGCUUUAUUUGUAAUUGGAUUACUGAACUGUUCAUGAUCACGCUAUUGCAACGUCUGGUUCCACAACAAAGUUCCCAUUUAGUUCGAAAUGGACAAGACUCAUAUGCAAUUUGAAAAUUGGAAUCAAAUGUAAAGAAAUAUUUUUGAUAGCGUUUGAUCUAUUUCGGCAAAACUGUGGUGUUUUAAAUGCCAUAAAAGAGAUGACAAUCCCCUAUUUUUAUGAGGGGGCAAAGUGGUCAAAUACUUCAAAUAACUUUUAGAGAGAGAUGUGAAUUGUUUACAGUGCUCCACAUUUUUACAAUAAAUUCAUAGAAUCUUGAUAUUUGUACCAAAAAAAAGACACGUUUCUGUCAUUUCACUUGUAAAAUACCAAACAAU